ACAAAGCAAAUUGACAUCGAUUUUCAAUGUCAAGUGACAUUGAUUUUCAAUUUUUGUCAUCGGUUCUCAAACUUGGUGUUCACAAAGAAAAUCGAUGUCAAAUGACAUCCAAAAUCGAUUUUCAAUUUGCAAUCAAUGACACUGAAAUUGACAUUGAUAUUGGGCAUUGUCAAAUUGAAAAUUGAUGACAAUCACCAUGGUAAGAAAACAAUAUGGCCGACAUUGAAAGACGUCUUCGUCGCGCUCGAUACUUAAAUGAAUUGUUUCCAAUGGAUAGGAGAGUUUUCCGUGAUCGAACGAACCCAUUGGAAACUUUGUCCCCGAUGGAAAUUCGUGAACGGGACCGGUUUUUCCCGGAAACUAUUCUGUUUCUUGUCAACAUGCUGAAUUUGGAGAGGGCUACUGAACGUUCUUGUCCUCUUCCGCCGCUCAUUUCAACUUUAGCGGCAUUGCAUUUCCUUGCAACUGGCACACACCACAUUGUGACGGCAGGGCUUCAUGGAAUCUCAAGGUCCAGUGUAUCUAGAGCGGUCAAGCAAUUUACGGACAGCGUGUGUCUACAUCUUAAUGACUUCGUUUUCUUCCCAAAUAUCGAAAAUGUGCAACGGACGGUGCAAAAACAGUUCUACAACAUCGCUGGUUUCCCCCAAGUGGUUGGUGUUGUUGAUGGGACACAUAUCCGUAUUCAAGCGCCUAGCGCCAACGAAGACGAUUAUGUGAACAGAAAGGGAUUUCACUCCCUUAAUGUACAGAUGAUUUGUGAUGCCACUUUUCGGUUUGUUGACGUAGUCGCAAAGUGGCCUGGGAGCGUUCACGAUUCAAGGAUCUUUCGUGAAAGCGCCAUACGUCAGCGUUUUGAAAGAGGUGAAAUCGACGGUCUUCUGCUUGGUGACUCUGGCUAUGGAUGCAAGAGGUAUCUUAUGACACCAUAUCAAAACACCGACAGUCCUUGUAAGGAACGGUUUAACAUAUCCUUAUGUCGAACAAGAGUGGUGAUCGAGCAAGCUUUUGGCGUUCUCAAGCGUAGGUUUCCAUGUCUACAUUAUGGACUUAGAGUAAAACCUGACAGAGCAGCCAAAAUAACAGUCGCGUGUGUCAUUCUUCAUAACAUUGGAUUAGAGAGGCAAGACAUGUUUUCACGAACAUGUGAGGAUGACACGGAUCAGCCACAUGUUCUUUAUGAAGGAGAUGGGUCUGGAAACAGUUACAGAGACCACAUCGCAGAAUCUUUCUUUUAAGAACAUAUAGUUAUAUAAUAACAAGGGCUGUAUGCAAAACAUUCACAGUCAUUUUGAAGAUAACUGAACAAAGGUUCAUUCACAUAAUGAUAAACUAACAAAGUAUUAUAUCAAUAGCAAAAAGAUAAAAGAAGGAUCACCGAGGCUGCAGAUCAAGAAAGACAAGUUAGAACAAAAGAAUAGGCAUAUCAACAGUAUUAUUCAUUUAAACAGGUAUAUUGGAAACUAGAAAUGUGUCUUAAAUGCUAAAGACAAAUGCAUUUUAAAUAUUUCACCGGACACAAAUAUAUCUUGAGUCAAACAUGUUUCAAGGGGCAUAUUGACUGCUAACAACAAGUCAAAUGGAUAUUAUUUGCAGCAAAAGCUACAAAGGACUGAUUCAUGCAUGCUAUGUGAAUAACAUAUAUAAAUAAUGUAUGACAUUAAAAUAUGAAUAAGUGUAACACCAGCUGCCCAUCAGUAUAGCACUUUCAUCAUUUACCAAACUUGGUCCUUUAUUUAUGGUAAGUAGUGUUUCACUUAUUCAUAUUUGAGUGUCACAAAUUAUUUAUACAUUUAAUUAAUAAAACAUGCAUAAAUCAGUCCUAUGUAGCUGUUUCUGCAAAUAAUAGCUAUUUAACUUGUCUAUUAGCAGUCGAUAUGCCCCUAGGAACAUGUUAAGUUUAAGAUUCAAACAAAAGAAGGCCUUGAUCCAUUGCAGACUUUAUAUUUGAGUUUAACAACUCUUUUUUUAAAGUAAAAAGUUGUCUCUCUUGCUCUGCAGCCUCUGUGAUCACCUUAAUUCUAAGAUCAUGUAGCUGUUUUUCCUGCUGUUGCCUCUGCAACAGCAGGUCCAACUCAGCCUGUGCACGUCUUGUUUCCAGCUCAAGUAGCUCUUCUUCAUAGCAUCUGUUUCUCUUUCUCUUUUUCAACGAUUCUGGAAGUUAAUUAUACAUUGACAAAUUCAAAUUGUACUUAAGAAAUUAAAUACUUUCUUCAUUUUAUCCAUGUUUACAUGCAUGUUUUUGUAACUGAUUUAUGCCAGUUAUGAUUUGAACAAUUUAUAUGCACAAAAGAAACUUCAUACAUCAGUGAAGUUAAAAAUGA